AUGAUGGCUCCUAUUAAUCACCACGCGCUAUACUCACCAUUCGUUCCGCACAGUCAGCGCUGCGCUUCCCGUUACAUCCACGUGUCAGCAGCACAAGCGAACGUAACGCGCGAAAACGCUCAGUCCCCAUCCGUGGCAAAGCCUCUUACCACACCCGACGCACACGCGCAGACCCCGCCCGCCAUUCCCGCGUGGCCCGCAUUCUCCGCCGCGUUUUCCGGCGAGUGGGCGGGAUACUCAGUCGACUUCUCGCGCUUCGGCCAGCCCUUGGAGUUGCCGCAGUCCGUCGUUCCCGAGGCGUUCCGCGAUUGGGGGCUCGUCCAGUACGCGUGGCAAUCGCAGACGUCCAGCUUCGCUCGCGGGGAGACCCUUGGGAACGCCGAGAUUCUCUCUUCGCUCGUGCGGUACGCGCCUGCUGCGGGAUGCGAGGCUGCGUCUCCGCCUAAAUACAGCGUUGAAAGGACGGCCUUGGAGUUAUCUGCUCUUGCUCCUGGUGCUGCUUCUGCUGCGGGCGACUUGUUUGCAUUCUCAGCAGAUGGUUCUUAUCUGCUCAUCCGAGCUGGCCAGUCCUCCACCAUGCCCGCGCCUGCCAGCGUGGACGCCAUGCGGGCCACUCAGUGGAUGCCACGUGGCACUGACUCCACGGCCCGUGACUCUAACGAGUGUGAUUCAAACGGGGCAUUCGGCAGCAUGGCAGGAGGGCCGUUUCAGGUGGAGCAUUGCUUGGCUUUGGAGGGGGUGGAAGCUGCGAGUGGUAAGGGGAGAGUUAGAGUGCGCGUUGUGCAGCAAUUCAAACCAGAGAAAGCAGCA